AUGUGGACGAUCGCUGGCACAUACAUUCAUCUACCAUCGUCUGCAGUACCCUCUACUAGUAGUCACCCACGUUCUCACAGUGAUUCUGCUGGAUCUAUUGGGUUGACAGAUCUUCAUCUUGGAGGCACACCAUCCGAUGCUUCAGAUCCUCCCACGCCAGUGCAUCCACAAGCACGUGUUCCGCAGCCCGGAGACAGAGAUGCUCAUCGAAGGCAGUAUAUUAUUCCAUAUGGAGUAGGGUUUUUGCCCGAUGAUGUAAUUGCAAAAAUUAUGACUAAAUGCAUUUGUCGGCACUUCAACGGCUAUUGGACCAGUUGGCAAAAGGUUCCAGAAUUUGAUAGAAAUGAAAUCUGUAAAGAAUUUCAAAAUUUUUAUAGAAGAGCAAAACUCAGAAUGAACGGUUCGUUGAAUUAUGCCAGAACGAAGAGGGUACGACCAAGUUUUAUACUCGAACCCAUGUGGCAGGAUUAUCUUUGCUAUUGGAGUAGCGAUGAAUACCAAGUGUUGAGUGACAAAGGAAAGAAAGCCAGGGUAUCAUCCAAGGGUGGCUCUCUACAUACUGCGAGAGCAUUUAGUCGGAUUAUUGUAGAGCAAAAAAUGGAAAAAAAUUCGGUAGGAAGAUAUAACAACAUGAGGUAUUCGAGGCGACCCAUGUAAGGAAGAAAAAGAACCCAACUGAUAAAGAUGUCUGGGUUGAGCCUCGUGCAAAAACUACCCAUGACAAAUAUAUGCAGUUCAUUAAUGAGUAUCGUAGUAGUCAGCCUCUUGAAAGUUAGGGUGAAACAAUACUUGAAGAUACAGAGGAGGAAUUCUGGAAACAAACUGUGGGUUCUCCACUUAGAGGCCAAUACUACAGGUACCACAGAAAAUGCUUUAGCGAGAAUAUUGGGUCUUCGUUCGGCGAAACAUCCUAUCCCUCAUCAAUUAAUAGAGAAACCGUUGAUUUACUAAAAGUUUCGAUUUCUCAACUCACUAAAGAGCUUGUUGCAUAGAUUGAGAGGGUGAAGCAGAAAGAGAAGGAAACAACAUCACAAUUCAGAAUGAUGCAGGAGCGGAUUAACUCUUUUAUUCGAUCUGCAGGGAUUCUUCCACACUAUCCUAGUGAUGCAGUUUGGGCUGCAAAAGAUCUAGGUCCACUGGAUGAUUAUUACACCACAGAGGAGAAAUCAGAUCCUGUGGUGAGCCUGAGGAUGCGGAUGAUGAUGAGUUGUAGUUUAGAUUUGGAACCUUGAUAAAUUUUGUAAAUAACUUUAUUUUAAACGUUUGUAUUGUUACGUUGGUUGUUUGUAUUGUUACGUGGGUUGAUGAAAUGUAGCAUAA